UUCCUUUCUCCCGCAGAUCCGCUUUCCGUGGGUCGGCGCUCGCGGGUUCGUCUGCGUGCGUCCCCCGAAGGCGAGGCUUGAUGGCGGCGGUCCGUGAAGGUCUGAGCCGGGGCAAGACGCUGGUGGAUCUGUUCUACGACGUGGUGUCGCCUUACUCCUGGCUUGGGUUCGAGGUUCUAUGUCGAUACCGGUCCAUCUGGAACAUUGAGCUGCGCUUGCGGCCUGCUUUCCUGGGUGGGAUCAUGAAGGCGACAGGUAACCAGCCUCCGGCAAUGGUCCCCCAAAGAGCCAGUUACAUGAGCAAGGACAUGCCGCGGAUGGCAAAAUACUACCAAGUGCCAGUGCGAAACCCAAAGGAUUUCUUGGAGGCCGUUAUCAAAAAGGGCAGUCUGCCUGCCAUGCGCUUUGUUAGUGCUGUGGAUAUAGCGCAGCCGCAGUACCUGGAGCCUGUUUCUAGAGAACUUUGGAUGCGCAUUUGGUGUCGAGAUGAAGACAUUCUCCAGCCAGAGAGUAUCUUGGCAGCAGCGGAGAAAGCGGGUGUCCCUCUGGAGCAAGCCAAGAAGCUCCUGGACAUGAGUACCACACCUGAAGUGAAGAAUCGCCUGAAAACCAUCACAGACGAAGCUCUGAGAUACGGGGCGUUCGGGCUGCCCUCUGUCGUGGCCCACGUGAAUGGCGAGCCUCAACUUUUCUUCGGUUCAGAUCGCUUGGAACUGCUGGCCGACAUUUUGGGAGAGAAAUGGCUGGGGCCAGUGCCCGCAUCUGCCAAGCUCUAACUACGAGAAAUCAGAGGAACAGCAGUGGGGGGUAUGACUAAGCGAGAAGACAGACUCGGGAGCUUUGACCCUAUGAGCUUUCACGGAUUCAGCGCAGGAGGAUCGAUGGACAAAGCACACAGCCUUUCUUUAAUCUGGAGCAGAAUGACACAAGACAGCGCAGCCCCUGCUGCUGCAGAAAGCAGCACCGCAACCGCCUCCGACCGCAGUGUGACUCGACGUGGGCUAGUUGCGCACCUGGUGCCGAUCUCAUGUGCUCUAGACCUGUGGCCCAGCGGACAUAUGAGCGUGACUUUGGAGGCGUUCGUGUAUCGCCAUCUGACCAGUCGAUCCCUGUUUUCCAACUGCACUAGCAUGGCCGGUCGAGAGCCACCAGUGCUCACAGCUGUGAUCAGGAGAUGCGAAUGAUUCGUCACCGAAACGUGCGAGCGAACGAGGAAUCGGCGACUUGUUCGUCUUGUGGGGUGAGACAGCGGGGCCAAGAGGAAAGGGGUGUGGGGUAACCUGGGCUUUCUGGCCUAGUGACUAGGUUUCGGAGAGGAGAUGGAGAUGGAGAAGCAGCUGUUCUCUGCAGCAGCUUCAAGCUCUCUUCCGACAGAGAGAAGCUUGGCUCUUGGUACCCAGGAAUCUCCCAGCUUCCUUUGCCAGCUCGCUUCAAGCACCGUUGACCAGAACUGUAGCUGGUUGGUGCGGUGGGCGGGGAUGGUCCUCUCCGUGCCCACGUGUCCUCAUACCUUCUGCCCUUGUUCUUGCUGGCCUGCCAAUACACUUUUCGCUUAUUCAGUAACGUGACCUUUAAAAUGUGGAAUAGAUUCAUUGGAUUGAACUAUGGCUGAGUCAGUUUUAUUGCUAAGUGCCUUCCGCUGGACGACCUCUUCCUGUGACCCUCCUUUUUUGAUGAUCCCCACAAGUUUUGUAUAAUGUAAUAAAUCAGGACCGCGGCUCUCGUAGAUGAGUCAGCAGAUCCCUAAGUGCCCUUCUGGUCCUGAAUAGCUAAACGAUUGCUAUCUGUCAUAUAAGCUGCUUUAAGGAAUAACUUGAUGUCACUGCUGGGGGGAAAAAAAUCUUCAGUAAAGAUUGUAUUGGAUCGAAAGCUUGU